AUGAGGAAAACUGUACGCAUGUCACAAGAUGGUGCUUGUCCAGGAGACUUCACGUGCCAGAAUGUAAACUGUCCUCGUGUGAAGCUGGGGCAAGAGUUCCCCGGAGUAGCUUUCCGAGGUCACCUUCGGUCUCUUCCAAAAGUGAUGGAGAUUACAAGCUCUUCCCAUGCAAGUCAUGGCAACCAUAAAGAAAACAGUCCUUUCCUGAACAGUUCAGAAGCUGGCAAGGGAGGUGAUUACUAUGACAGAAACCUGGCCUUGUUUGAGGAAGAACUUGAUAUACGACCAAAAGUGUCAUCUCUGCUUGGCAAGUUGGUCAACUACACAAAUCUUACCCAAGGUGUUAAGGAACAUGAAGAAGCGGAAAGUACUGAUGGCUCGAAGAAGAAAGUAUCAAAAUCACCCAGCAUGGGCACCCUGAUGGGGGUGUAUUUACCAUGCAUGCAGAAUAUCUUCGGGGUUAUUCUCUUCCUUCGGCUGACUUGGAUGGUGGGAAUGGCUGGAGUUCUUCAGUCCUUCCUGAUUGUAUUACUUUGCUGCUGUUGUACUAUGCUGACAACCAUAUCAAUGAGUGCUAUUGCCACAAAUGGUGUUGUUCCAGCUGGUGGCUCCUAUUUCAUGAUAUCCAGGUCAUUAGGCCCAGAGUUUGGUGGAGCUGUAGGGCUGUGCUUUUAUUUGGGAACAACAUUUGCAGGAGCAAUGUAUAUCCUUGGUGCCAUUGAGAUUUUAUUGACAUACAUUGUGCCACAAGCAGCAAUUUUUCAUCCAUCCGGUGCCCACGAUGCAUCCAGUGCUAUGCUAAACAACAUGAGGGUGUAUGGAACUGUAUUCCUCAUCCUAAUGGCAGUGGUGGUCUUUGUAGGUGUGAAAUACGUUAACAAAUUUGCUUCCCUCUUCUUGGCCUGUGUAGUAAUAUCAAUACUGUCCAUUUAUGCUGGAGCUAUCAAGUCCAUCUUUGAUCCACCUGAGUUUCCGAUUUGCAUGUUGGGCAACAGGACUUUGUCAAGAGAUCAGUUUGAUGUUUGUGCCAAAACUGUAAUUAAAGAUAACGUUACUGUGGCCUCUGAGCUUUGGAAGCUCUUCUGCCACAGUACCAACUUAACCACCGAGAACUGUGAUGAAUAUUUCCUAAUGAAUAAUGUCUCUGAGAUAGCAGGAAUUCCAGGAAUUGCUAGUGGCAUUUUAAAAGACAACUUGUGGAGCAAUUAUUUGGAGAAAGGAGAGAUACUGGAGAAAGCACAUCACCCCUCUGUUGAUGUAGCAGGCCAGAAGAACAACCUUCAUCUGUAUGUGCUUUCAGAUAUAGCUACUUCAUUCAUGGUGCUGGUUGGCAUCUUCUUCCCUUCAGUGACCGGUAUCAUGGCUGGUUCAAACAGAUCAGGGGACCUCAAAGAUGCACAGAAAUCCAUUCCCGUUGGAACAAUUCUUGCUAUUGUUACCACAUCAUUAGUCUACUUCAGUUGUGUGUUAUUAUUUGGAGCCUGCAUAGAAGGUGUAGUUCUGAGAGAUAAGUACGGUGAUGCAGUGAACAAGAACUUAGUGGUGGGGACCCUUUCGUGGCCGUCGCCAUGGGUCAUUGUGAUAGGAUCCUUCUUCUCUACCUGCGGAGCAGGUUUACAGAGCCUUACUGGAGCCCCCCGGCUGCUGCAGGCGAUAGCAAAGGACAACAUCAUUCCUUUCCUCUGGGUUUUUGGUCAUGGAAAAGCAAAUGGUGAACCAACGUGGGCUCUUCUCUUAACAGCAUUAAUUGCUGAACUGGGAAUCCUUAUUGCUUCACUUGACAUGGUGGCUCCAAUUCUCUCAAUGUUUUUCUUAAUGUGUUACCUCUUCGUUAAUCUGGCAUGUGCAGUACAGACGCUUCUUAGAACCCCAAACUGGCGGCCCCGAUUUAAAUACUAUCACUGGGCACUCUCAUUUUUAGGCAUGAGUAUUUGCCUGGCACUGAUGUUCAUUUCAUCUUGGUAUUAUGCUUUGGUAGCUAUGCUUAUUGCAGGCAUGAUUUACAAGUACAUCGAAUACCAAGGUGCGGAGAAGGAAUGGGGUGAUGGUAUCCGGGGUCUGUCACUCAGCGCAGCAAGAUACGCCUUACUCAGACUGGAGGAGGGCCCUCCGCACACAAAGAACUGGAGGCCUCAGUUGCUAGUGCUUCUGAAACUUGAUGAAGAUUUGCAUGUAAAAUACCCUAGAUUGUUAACAUUUGCAUCUCAGUUGAAAGCUGGCAAAGGUUUGACUAUCAUAGGAUCAGUGAUCCAAGGGAAUUUCUUGGAAACUUAUGGAGAAGCCCAGGCUGCUGAACAGACUAUUAAGAAUAUGAUGGACAUUGAGAAGGUGAAAGGAUUUUGUCAAGUAGUUGUGGCCAAUAAAGUUCGAGAAGGAAUUGCCCACUUGAUCCAGUCCUGUGGACUAGGCGGCAUGAAACAUAACACUGUGGUUUUGGGGUGGCCAUAUGGCUGGAGACAAAGUGAAGAUCCAAGGUCAUGGAAGACGUUUAUAGGUACUGUUCGCUGCACAACUGCAGCCCAUCUGGCUCUGCUGGUUCCCAAAAAUGUGUCUUUCUACCCCAGCAACCAUGAGCGUUACAAUGAAGGCAACAUUGACGUGUGGUGGAUUGUGCAUGACGGAGGCAUGUUGAUGUUGCUUCCUUUUCUUCUCAAACAGCACAAAGUUUGGAGAAAAUGCAAGAUGAGAAUUUUUACUGUUGCUCAGAUGGAUGAUAACAGCAUCCAGAUGAAGAAGGAUUUGGCUACUUUCCUCUAUCAACUCCGAAUAGAGGCAGAGGUAGAAGUAGUAGAAAUGCACAAUAGUGAUAUCUCAGCAUAUACUUAUGAGAGAACUCUUAUGAUGGAGCAGAGAUCUCAGAUGCUGAGGCAAAUGAGGCUGACAAAAACAGAGAGGGAAAGGGAGGCUCAGCUGGUAAAGGACAGACAUUCAAUAGCACGUUUGGAGAGCCUCUACUCUGAUGAAGAAGAUGAGGGGGACCCGGUUCCUGAGAACAUCCAGAUGACCUGGACAAAAGAGAAAUGUGAUGCUGAGAAGCGGAACCGAGGCAGUGCUGUGGGAAGCUUCAGAGAUCUCAUCAGCAUUAAGCCGUGA